UGAAAAUUACAGUGGUGUGAAACGAACAGUUAACGAUUUUUGAAUUGUCAUUGACAUUGAUAUUGAAUACCAUACAAAUCAAUCGAUUUAUAUCAUCCAUUGGCGUAUAACUUGAAGAAGAUCACGCGUUUCCAUUGAAUCAUUCUUAUUUUUGGAUCAAUCAAUCAACAUUUUAUAUUAAAUCAUGACAGUUAUAUCAGCAGCUAUAUGUACUCGUGGAGGGAAACCUUUAUUGGCUCGUCAAUUCAAAGAUGUUGGGAAUGAUAGAAUCACUGCUUUAUUGGCCAAUCUCCCUAGUUUAAUUACUAAUGCUGCCGGUCAACAUACUACUGUUGAAGAUGAUAAUGUUAGAUUUGUUUAUCAACCAUUAGAAGAAUUUUAUAUUGUAUUAAUCACCAAUAAGAAUUCUAAUAUUUUGCAAGAUAUUGAUACUUUACAUCUUUUUGCAAGUUCUGUUAGUAAUUUAUUAAGAAAUGUUGAUGAACGUGAAAUAUUUGAUAAUUCAUUUGAAAUUAUAGCUGCUUUUGAUGAAGUUAUUAGUUUAGGUUAUAAAGAAAAUUUAACUUUAAGUCAAGUUCAAACCUUUUUAGAAAUGGAUUCUCAUGAAGAAAAAAUUCAAGAAAUUAUUGAAAGAAAUAAAGAAUUAGAAGCUGCUGAAGAAAGAAAGAAGAAAGCUAAAGAAAUUCAAAGAAAAGAAUUAGCUAGAAGAAAUUUAGAACAACAAACUGCUUCUGCAACUUCAUCAUUUGGAAAUUCAUCUUAUGGUAAUGGAGGUGGUUCUGAUUCUUAUCAAAAUCAAUCUUAUCAACCAACUUAUCAACCUCCACCGGUUAUAGAAAUGGGUGAUAAUAAUAAUAAUCAUAAUAAUUCAAAUCAUAUAUCUUCACAUAAACCAAUUUCAGGUAGAGGUGGUUUACAACUAGGUAAAAAGACUACAAAACCAAUUAUUGAAUCCCAUCAACCUUUAUUGGCUCAAAAUCAACCAGUUUUCCAUCAUACUAAACCAAUUUCUGCUUCUGCUGCUGCUUCUGUAUCAGCUGCUGCAUCCAAUAGUAAUUUACAAGUUAAUACACCAAUUUCUCAAAGUGCAUCUCCAAUUCCAAGUAAUCCAAAAGUUCCAAAUAAUGGUAUAUUGAUUACUAUUCAAGAAAAAGUUAUUGCUGAAUUAAGUAGAGAAGGAUCAGUUUUAUCAUCUGAAGUUAAAGGAGAUUUACAAUUAAGAAUUAAUAAUUCUGAAUUAGCUCAUUCUAAAAUUUUAGUUAAAUCAGCUGCUUCUCAAAAAUCAAGUGGUAUUCAAUAUAAACCUCAUCCAAAUGUUGAUCGUGAUUUAUUUGUAUCUCAAAAUAUUAUUGGAUUAAAGGAUAAAACUAAAUCAUUCCCUGCUAAUGAUCAAGCUAUUGGUGUAUUAAGAUGGAGAGCAGUUGGUAAAAGAGAUGAUCAAUCAUAUGUACCAUUAAUCAUUACUAAUUGGGUUACUAUUAAUGAUGAAGGUAUUGCUCAAGUUACGUUGGAAUAUGAAUUAACCUCUGAAUUUAUAGAAAGUCAUUCAUCAGCAUCAUCAUCAAAUCUUAUUGAAAAUAUUAAACUUUUAAUUCCAAUUGCAACUCAUGAUGUUAAUUUAAAUAAUGAAUCUAAUGAAUUAGUAUCUUAUGAUAUUAGUGAAUUAGGUAUUAUAUUUAAUAUUGAAAGUAUUACCGUCGAUGAACCUCAAGGAUCGUUUGAAUUUUCAAUUCCAUGUUCUGAUGAAGAAUCAUUAUAUCCAAUACAAUUACAAUUUGAAGUAACUCAAACUGAAGUUACUGAAAGUGAAGUUUCAUUAGGUAAAAUCCAAGUUAUUGAUGUGGUUACAAAUAAUGAUGAUGAAGAAUCUUUACCAUUUGAUUUACAUUAUAAUUUAGUAACUGAAAAGUAUAUUGUUAGUUAAAAGUAAAAAAAGGAUGGUGGGUGGUGUAUAAUGUAUUAUCAAUCAUAAUCAUGACUUCUAGUUUUAUAUUUUUUUAUUUCCCCUUGUUUAUUUUAAAUAUUACAAAAAAAAUAU